AUGUAUUUUGCACCAAGACCUAAUGGUGCUUCUGCAACGGCAAUGAUUGCUCAUUGUUUAAGUGAAGGUCAUAUAGAAUCUCCUGCUCGUUUGGAAUCUGCCCUCGAAUCAAUCACUAAAGUGCAACCAGAUCUCAGAGAUUCAAACGAUAUACCUUUAUUAUCGGAUUUCGUAAACGAUAGACUUGCCUCAGAUCAAGAUAUUCUAUUGGCACACUCGGCAGAGUUCCUAGCGGAAUUUAAAAGACUGGAGAAUGGCGAAAAGAUUGCUGAACCAAAACAUUUCCCAAAUUGUGGAGUCAACCCUGUGACAACAACAUAUGCAGCUCGUGCAGCAGCUGGUUCUCUAUUGGAAUUACUUUCAAUGGUUGGAGGGCAAAACGAUAACUCCACUACUCAAAGUUUAUUACUUAGAGGUUUGGCAGUUGUUAGACCACCAGGACAUCAUUGUACCAGAGAGAAAUCAAGUGGCAAUGGAAUACUGAAUAACGUUGCAAUCGCUGCAUUAACUGCAUCGAAGAAACUCAAUAAGCGAGUGUUGAUUGUAGAUUUGGAUAUUCAUCUGAGUGGUGGAACCAGCGAUUGCAUUAAAGGCGACGAUAAUAUAUUGCUUGUGGACGUCUAUGGUGCCAGAGGACAAGAGAUUAGAACGAUGGCAAGACUACAAGGAAGAAGCUGGCAGGUUAGAGAGUCAUUCGAUAAUACUGUGGCAAUCAAUGUAUCGUUGAUCGAUUCGUCAGCCGGUGACCACGUCUAUCUAGGUGAUCAGGUAUUGGGUGAAGUACUGUCAGCCGUCAACUCACAUCAACCGAAUCUUAUAUUAUUCAGCAUUGGAUUCGAUUCGUGUGCUGGCGAUGAUGAAGGAUUUGAAUUCACCGCCAAUGGAUAUGGUCAAUUCAUUCAAACAGUAUGUGAAUCAGCUGCCACCAACGGUAUACCGGUGAUUGGUGUACUCGAAGGUGGAUACAAACCACAAAUAGUAGAAAAAGGUGUCAGACAAGUUUCAUUAGCAAUGGCAUCAACUAUUACACUAUAG